AUGUCGGUCGUUGGGCCGCCGUCCAUCACCCCUGUCAACCCCCAGACCCGAAGCCCGAGUCCCGAGUCCCAAUUGGAGGCGUCCAAGGAGAUCAAGCUGCCCGUGGUAACCCCUGCCGACUCACAGCCAAUCGAACAGGCUGAACUCGCCUCAUCCUCUCAACCUUUAGACAAUAAUGAGAAGGGCGAAACCGACGACAAUGUCUUGGAACGGCACUCGUCGAUUGCUCCCUUAGAGGAGCCAGAAUAUCCCGGGUCCGCGCAGGUUGCGGUCAUCAUGGCUUGCAUCCUGAGCUCCAUCUUCCUCAUGUCUCUGGACCGAACCAUCAUCGCAACAGCCAUCCCCCGGAUGACGGACGAGUUUCACAGCAUCCAAGAUAUCGGCUGGUAUGGCAGCGCCUUCAUGGUCACAACGUGCUGCUUCCAGCUCCUCUGGGGCAAGGUCUACACCUUCUACCCGGCCAAGUACGCCUUCCUCGCGCUCUUCGGCCUUUUCGAGAUCGGCUCCGCCAUCUGCGGCGCGGCGCCUAGCUCACUCGUCUUUAUCAUCGGGCGCGCCGUCGCCGGCAUAGGUAGCGCAGGGAUCUUGUCCGGCGCCAUCUUCCUCAUGAUGGGGGCCGUGCCUCUGGAGAAGAGGCCGCUGUAUAACGGUUUCUUCAGCGCCGUCCUGGGCACGUCCUCGGUGGUCGGCCCGCUCCUUGGCGGCGCGUUCACGAGUAGGGUCACUUGGCGGUGGUGCUUCUUUAUCAACCUCCCCAUUGGGGGCGCGGCCAUGGUUGUUAUCUUCUUCGCGCUGAAUCCCUCCCCAGCAGCGGUUCUGAGCCUGACAGUCCACCAGCAGCUACAGAAACUGGAUCUCCUCGGUGAGCUGUUUCUCUUCCCCUCGCUGAUCUGUCUGCUGCUGGCGCUCCACUGGGGAGGGAUCACGUACGACUGGAACAGCUGGCGCCUUAUUCUCCUACUCGUCAUGUUCGCCGUCUGUCUGGUCGUCUUCAUCGUGGUAGAGGUUUUGAGACAGGAGAAUGCAACCAUCCAGUUGGAGGUUAUCAAGAACCGCACCGUGGUCUCGGCCAUGUGGUACAUGUUCUGCCUCGCCUUGACGAUGCUCCUCCUUAUCUACUAUCUCCCCAUUUGGUUCUAG